AUGGAACGGUACGGGAAAAAGGCAUAUGAAAAGCCUAGGAUCAAACAAAAUAAACUGCUUUUGUCCAGCCAUAAUCAUGGAAGCCGAAAAAAUGGAUUAUUAAUUAAAGUUAAAUACACAAAAACACAUGUCGGCCAUGAUUGUGAAUUGGGGCGGUUAUCACUGACCACAUCAGAUCGCCUUAAAAUAGCAUCGAAGAUAAAUGCUAAGAUACCAUUCGAUGCUAUUUUAGACGAAGUGAGGUCCUCGGUUAAUGAAAAUUUGAAACGAAUAGAUCUCCUUACACGCAAGGAUCUUUUUAAUAUUGAAAGAGAUUUUAAUUUAAACAAAGAUUCGGUCCGACAUGCAAAUGACGCACAGAGCGUUGACUGUUGGGUGAAAGAAAUGUGUGAGACUGGCGACACAAUCGUGAGAUUAUAUAAAAGUCAAGGUAUGCUGUGUGAGGAGCAUCCAUCCCUUCACGUAAAUGAUUUCGCCUUAGUUCUCAUGACGGAUGCUCAAAAAGAAAUACUGAAAUUGUUUGGCAAUAACAUCAUUUGCAUUGAUGGUACGCACGGGACCAAUGCGUAUGAUUUUGAGCUAACCACCAUAAUGACAAUUUUUGCUGACAUAAGGAUCCAGCCAAAAACUUUCAUGUCUGACAUGGCAGACAACUAUUACAAUGCGUGGUUAAACGUUAUGAUUCCAGUUGACCAUAGGUUGUAUUGUUGUUGGCACGUCGACAGAGCAUGGAGGAAAAAUUUGGUUAAAAUAAAAAAUCAAGAAAAACGGGUCGAAGUCUAUAAGGGAUUGAGAACCUUAUUAGAAGAAAUAGAUGAGAAAGCUUUUGGUCUAAUGUUGGACAGUUUCUCGUUGAAAUUAAAUUUGGACCCUGAAACUAAAGACUUUGGAGUUUAUUUUCAAAUGUUCUCAAAGAAAGACAUAUAUAAACGCUGGGCAUAUUGUUGUAGACUGUAUGCCGGUGUAAAUACAAACAUGCAUUUGGAACGUAAAUGUAAAAUUUUUGAAAAAUGGUACGGUUUAUUGAAUGUCUUGUGA